AAGACUUCUACCGCUCACCAUGAUCACGGUCGUGCUGUUGUCUGCCUUCGUGGCUGGAGCUCUCAGCUGUGGGAUUCCCACCUACGAGCCCCACCUGCCCAGGGUUGUUGGGGGUGAAGAUGUGAGACCCAACAGCUGGCCCUGGCAGGUGUCCCUGCAGUAUGACAACAGAGGACAGUGGCGCCACACCUGCGGAGGUUCCCUGGUGGCCAACAACUGGGUCCUGACAGCUGCCCACUGCAUCAGCUCCUCCAGAACCUACCGCGUGAUGGUGGGACGGCACAGCCUGUCCACCAACGAGCCCGGCUCCAUGGCCAUCAGUGUCUCCAAGCUCGUGGUGCACGAGAAGUGGAACCCCAGCCAGCUCUCCAAAGGAAACGACAUUGCCCUGCUCAAACUGGCCAAGCCUGUCACUCUGAGCGACAAGAUCCAGCUGGCCUGCCUCCCACCCGCCGGCGCCAUCCUCCCCAACAACUACAGCUGCUUUGUCACUGGCUGGGGAAGGCUGCAGACCAACGGAGCAUCUCCUGACAUCAUGCAGCAGGGUCAGCUGCUGGUCGUGGACUAUGCCACCUGCUCCAGCCCUGGCUGGUGGGGCAGCACCGUGAAGACCAACAUGAUCUGCGCCGGGGGUGAUGGCGUGAUCUCCAGCUGCAAUGGAGACUCUGGUGGACCACUGAACUGCCAGGCCGCCAACGGCCAGUGGGAAGUGCACGGCGUGGUGAGCUUCGGGUCCUCCCUUGGCUGCAACUACUACCAUAAGCCCUCUGUCUUCACUCGUGUCUCUGACUACAUUGACUGGAUCAACACGGCAAUGGCAAACAACUAAGAGACGCGCCGGUGACCGCUGCGGACGUGGAAAGGUCGCAGGAAGAAAAGAGCAAUAAUAAUAAAGUGACAACCACAGAAAUCACAGUUGGGCAAGAGUCUUCUUAACACAUCAAACGAUGUCCAGGACCCUGACAGCACCCAAUAGGCCAGGGACGAGGGUCUCUCUGGGGGCGCCCCACCUCUCACUCCCCCCAGCACCCCCACCUGCUGCUCUGCAGUCCUACUGGGAAGGCACCUGGGGGCACAGGCCAGACUCUGAGGACCCCAGUCUAGUCCUGUCACCCCACCAGCUAACUGCUGUCCCCCCAGACAAGUGACUUAACCUCUCAGAACACAGGUUCUACCCCGAAGGUGGGG